AUGGGAAACUUGAUUUGGUUUGAUCCUGGGGAUAGGCACUCGGUCACCACCAACCAAUUGCUGGUGUUUUGGGAUUCCAUGCGAGAGUGGUUCGCAGAAAGAGGAUAUCAUCUUUACCGCCUGACCAUCUUCGAUGAUCCCUGUAUCGUUCCCUAUGCCACGUCAACCAUUCCAUACAACCCACACCCAAGAUUGAAUGUACGAAAGAAAGAAUUUGAAGCGGAGGACCCAUUCCCGUAUGCGUAUAUGGGAGGGGAUUACCACAACAAACGUGACGACGAUUUGUAUGAACUGGGUCUAUAUACUGGACGCGUAAUGUUUGCGCAGGAUACAGAAGGGAGACAUGUGGUGAUCAAGCUUGUUAAAGGAGGUUCUGAGGAGGAUAAAAUCCUCCAUUUGCUCGCAAGCCGGCCUGAGCUCAAGAAGAGGGAGACUUUUACUGCUAUAAUACCCAUUCUUGAUCUUCUACCUUGCGAGGGUCAUUGGUUUGCAGUCAUGCCAAGGUGGGAUAUCACUUGGAACUCGGUACCGUUUCCAACACCGGAGGUCUGUGUACAACAGAUUAUAUUUCUACUGAAGGCCCUCACAUUUCUUCAUGAAAACAGGAUCUUUCAUCACGAUUUAUGCAGCAGGAACAUGUUGAUCAACCACUUUUCGAAUGCAGGGCUGUUAGGCAUGCCAAUCAAUCCAUUCAGAAAGCACCUGCUGCAGCAAGGCGCUUUGGUAUGCGUCUUAUCGGAUUUUGACUUCUCGAUCCUGUUGGAUGAGGAGAGAUACGGUCCCAAUCCUCGACUCGGUAUACUUGGGGCGGAUGUAAUCGGAGAUUUCCCUCCCUUCGAAACUCUUCACGGACACGUCGAUUACGACCCAUUCAAAUAUGAUGUUGCUCUGCUUGGAAUUUGGUUUAGCGACACGUUCCAGCACAUAGUCAAGGAUGUGCCACUUAUUGCACCUCUCAUUGAUCGGAUGGUGACUUCUCGGCUGGACAAAAGAUUUACGGCCAAGGAGGCCCUUUCCUUUGCGGAAGGCAUCCUUCCAACUGCGGCAGGUUUGCGAACCUUGUAUACCGAUCGCGCCCCACGCCCACCUGCAUACUGCGAAACUGAUUUGUGGAAAGACCUUCCUGAUGAUUUUGUGAAUCAGUGGGCAGAUUAUCGGGAUGAUCGAUCCUCGCUCUAUUUGCGUUUUCUUUACUAUCUGAACAGACAUGUUCCAUAUGGCACGUAUGGCGUUUACUUCUUCCGAUUGACGGUGAGAGCGAUUCUUUUUGUUCCUCGUUUAUUUUUUCGACCCUUUGCCGCAUUUUCGCGGUUACUUGUACGUCGAGUGACCUAG